UGUAUCCCAUAUAUAAAUGAAAGACUCGCCUCUUUUGAAUACCAGUUAUUAUUUUGCUUUUGACUAACAUCAUCAAGGAUAUUCGCGAUGGCCUCUUAUUCGUACAAGGACAGGGCCCAAGAAAUGAUAAAGUGUUUCUGCGGCUGCACAGACAUGACUGUGGAAGAAGUCCUCCGUGUUCAUGGACUGUUUGGUAGGGUUAAAGACAUCCUGUCGGACCCGCUUGCUGCAAAGCUGUUUGGCCAAUUCAUGAAGGAGAGACGUUCCGGUGACAAGAAUGAGACCGAGCAGUACUUGGAAAUCUACAAGAUGUGCAUUCAGCUAAAGUCCCAGCCAAUUAUUACUCAGGGCGAUUUGAGUGAACUCAUCAACAGGGGCCUACCCCGUGAAUUGGAGCAGGAUCUGACCAAAUGCGUGCUGAGUGGCAACCCAAUGGAAAUCACUCGAUGCCUUGGUUGCAUUCAGGUCAAAUGUAGCAACGAAAUUGGGGGUAGUGCUGAGUUUCACGACUUCAAAAAAGCCAUCGAAGAAAAACUGGGACGGGUACCGAAGGAAUUAAAAUAAUCGUUUGUAUGCUUACUUCGGGAAAUUUAAGAAGAUCCGAUUUUUAGUUGUACAAAAAAACAAACAAAUACGAUCUUCUGAAUUAUAGAAAACAUAUAAAGCCACUAGGCAGUUAAUCCUUGUCAAUAAUUAACCAAACGAGAAACUUAUUACUUACAAUCAUAUAUAUUUUGUUUUAGAAUGAAUGAUUAUAUACUUGUUAAGCAAUACAGCUAUAGAGAUAUUUC